AUGGGUCGUGUGAUGCUGUUCUUUGUCCCAUCGUCAUAUACAUUGCCGCGUCUUCUUCCUUACGCCUUUGUGGCCAGGCCACAAACAUCUGUCGUUCGUAAGUAAUAAGGUGUUUCUGCGGAUUCGUUCGUCGUUCUUCGGCGUUCCGAUUGUUUAUUCUGGCCGCAUACUUUCGUCGCGUUCAGCGGACAUUGGGGAGCUUGAAGACAGGAAGGGGGAUCUGACCACAGAAAAGGAGCCGAAGGGAAGGAUCUUCUCUUCAGCGCCCCCCCCCCCUUUCCUUACCUUGACUUUGAUGGAAUGA